CACACCUCCAUACCCUCCUCAAACACCAUUUUGGAAGACGAUUUUGCUCAAUGACUGAACUGAAAAACCAAAAAAAAAAAACUCUUCAACGAUUACGACACUUCAUUUCCAACUCAAAAUUAAUAUUAUGAAUUAAGUAUAUUACGUUUGUUUGUAAUAUUAAUAUAUUACUAAAAGAUGUAUGAAUACCAUUGGUAACGUUUUUUUUUUCUGUUUGUAAAGAGUUAGUUUGAGACUUUUUUUGUUCCAAGAAAAACAAACCAUACAUAGAUAAUACUCUAUUCUAUUGUACAACCACUCAAUACUAAUCUAUACACAAUACAUAUAGUGUAUAUAUAUGUCUGUGUAUAAAUAUGGUCUGGUGUGGAUUUAGACUUAGCGGUCUUUUGUCUCAUCUUCAUUGAUACUUUCGUUUGAACUUUGAAGGUACGACGUCUUUCUUUCUUGCUUCUUUCUGCUUUAUCCGUUUGCCCAUUAAAAAAUCAUUUUGCUCUGCUCUGUUCGUGCUAGUUUUGCUUAGACACAGUGAUAUCUUCUUAAUAAUACCAUUUCCUCAUUUUGGUAUCAAAUUAUCUGGUUUUCACUGUUUUAUCGUCGCUUAAGACAUAACUCAGGGCUUGUCAUCUUUCUUAUGUUACUCAAGAAAUAGCGUCUCUCUAUUCAAGUUGUUUUUUGUUGUCUCUCAUCUACUUUAGGAGUUCCGAAUUGAGUUCCAAAGACAGACCAACAUGGAAGACCGGUACAUGAUAAAGAAUGAUGUCACUGAAUUGAUUGGUAACACACCAAUGGUGUAUCUGAAUAAAACUGUGGAUGGUUGCGUGGCCCGUAUCGCUGCAAAGCUGGAGAUGAUGGAGCCUUGCUCUAGUAUCAAAGACAGAAUCGCUUACAGUAUGAUCAAAGAUGCAGAAGACAAAGGAUUGAUUACUCCCGGAAAGAGUACAUUGAUUGAGGCAACGGGUGGUAACACCGGGAUUGGUAUAGCCAGCAUCGGGGCAGCAAGAGGGUAUAAAGUGAUUCUUCUGAUGCCUUCAACGAUGAGCUUAGAGAGGAGAAUCAUUCUGAGAGCGUUAGGUGCUGAGCUUCAUCUCACAGACUCUCACAUUCCAGGAAUGUUGGAGAAAGCUCAAGAGAUUUUAAGCAAAACUCCUGGUGGUUACAUACCUCACCAGUUUUUAAAUCCUGAAAACCCUGAGAUUCAUUACAGAACCACUGGUCCGGAGAUAUGGAGAGAUUCAGCAGGGAAAGUAGAUAUAUUGGUCGCUGGUGUUGGAACUGGUGGUACUGUUACUGGAACAGGCAAGUUCCUUAAGGAGAUGAAUAAAGACAUUAAGAAUCUUGAUAAACAGGUUUGUGUGGUGGAACCUAAAGAAAGUGCGGUACUCAGCGGAGGAGAACCAGGUCCACAUUUGAUCCAAGGGAUUGGCUCUGGUGUCAUUCCAACCAAUUUGGAGUUAAGCAUUGUUGAUGAAAUCAUUCAAGUGACAGGUGAGGAAGCCAUUGAGACAGCCAAGCUUCUUGCUCUCAAAGAAGGAUUGUUGGUAGGAAUAUCCUCUGGAGCCGCAGCAGCAGCUGCGUUAAAGGUUGCUAAACGGCCAGAAAACGCAGGGAAACUCAUUGUGGUGGUUUUUCCUAGUGGAGGAGAACGUUAUUUGUCGACUAAAUUGUUCGAGUCGGUUAGAUAUGAGGCAGAGAAUCUUCCGAUUGAAUGAGUGACAAUUUGUGAUUCUUGUUUGGUUCGGUAAGAGAUGUUGGUACACAAGAUUUGAUUUUAGAGAGCAAGAAGCUUUUGGCUGUCUGUAUAAUUUUGGUACAAGAUGUUGACCACUGUAUAAUCUUUAAAAAGUUACAUGUUCGAUGAUGAAUAAUUAUAGGUUGUUCUUCAUUAAACUGUUCUAAAGACAAAUCAUAAUCUAUCUUAGUAGCUUCACUCGUAUCUUAGACAUCUUUUAUCAUUUGCAAUAACAAUUCCAUUCCACUAAAA